GAGAAGUAAGCACAAAAAAAAAAGAACCUUUUUGUUUUGUUUUCAUUAUUGGGUUGUUCUCUCUCUCUCUCUCUAUACGAUGUCGGAGAAGGAAGAACUUCCGUCGACUUCAAACAAGUCAACCGGAGCUCCGUCGCGACCGACUUUAUCUCUCCCUCCACGCCCCUUUACCGAGAUGUUCUUCAACGGCGGAGUUGGAUUCAGCCCUGGUCCCAUGACUCUUGUCUCAAACAUGUUCCCCGAUUCAGAUGAGUUUAGGUCUUUCUCUCAGCUCCUUUCCGGAGUCAUGCCUUCUCCAGCUCCAGCUCCAGCUCCAGCGGCUGCAUCUUCCGCAGCUAGUGAAGAAGAAGGGGAUAAUAAUAAUAGCUCGAGCGGUGAUGUUGACCCGAGAUUCAAGCAGAGCAGACCCACCGGUUUGACGAUUUCUCAGUCCCCGUCGACGAUGUUCAACGUACCGCCGGGGCUAAGUCCUGCGAUGCGGCUGGAUUCGCCGAGCUUCUUGGGUCUUUUCUCUCCCAUUCAGGGAUCAUAUGGAAUGACACAUCAGCAAGCUCUAGCACAAGUCACAGCACAAGCAGUUCAAGCCAAUGCUAAUAAUAUGCUGCUACCACAAACCGACUACCCUCCUCCUUCCUCUCAGGUUUCAUCUGUUCAACCACCUCAGAACCAGACCACAGCUCCGAGAGAAACCUCAGAUACGACCACCAUCAUCGAGCACAGGUCACAGCAGCCUCUAAACGUUGACAAACCAGCUGACGAUGGCUAUAACUGGAGGAAAUACGGGCAAAAGCAAGUCAAAGGCAGCGAGUUCCCUCGAAGCUAUUACAAGUGCACGAGUCAGGGGUGUCCUGUCAAGAAGAAAGUCGAGAGGUCUCUCGAUGGACAGGUAACGGAGAUCAUCUACAAAGGUCAGCACAAUCAUGAACCUCCUCAAAACACUAAGCGAGGCAACAACAGAGAUAGCACAGCUAAUCUAAACGGGAGUUCGGUUAAUAAUAGUAACACCGGUAAUAAAACGACGAGGGAACAACAUGAAGCAGCGAGUCAAGCUACAACAGAGCAAAUGUCUGAGGCAAGUGACAGUGAAGAGGUUGGUAAUGGAGAAACUGGUGUGAGGAAGAAAGUUGAAGACGAGCCUGACCCCAAGAGAAGAAGUACAGAAGUUCGAGUUACAGAACCAGCUGCUGCUACUUCACAUAGAACUGUGACGGAGCCUAGAAUCAUUGUCCAGACGACGAGUGAAGUUGAUCUAUUAGAUGAUGGAUAUAGGUGGCGUAAAUAUGGACAGAAAGUUGUCAAAGGAAACCCUUAUCCGAGGAGUUACUACAAGUGCACAACACAGGGAUGUGGAGUGAGGAAACAUGUAGAGAGAGCAGCAACAGAUCCAAAAGCUGUAGUAACAACCUAUGAAGGAAAACAUAACCAUGACCUUCCUGCAUCUAAAUCAAGCAGCCAUUCCGCUGCAGCAGCUGCACAUUUAAGGCUAGAAAACCGACCGGGCGGUUCGGCUAACUUAAAUCAGCAGCAGCAGCAGCAGCCUGUUGCCCGUCUAAGGCUGAAAGAAGAGCAAAUAAUUUAAGAUCUUUUUUUUUCCUCAUGACAAAGCUUUCAACUUUGAUGGAAUCUUAGUGGUUGAAGUUGAACUGGUAACUAAACUAUAUACACAAUUGUCUGAGAAAUCUAGCGGUUUACAGGAAAAGAAAAAGAGUUCAUCAGAAGGGGUUGUAAAACCUUAAAGCUUUGUAGGUUUUUAAGAUGUCUUGUUUGUUUUACUUGUGUGAAUUCAUUUGUACAUGAGGAGGAAUACUACAGGGAGGGGGGUUUGUGUUGUUAUCUUUAUGUUAUUGUUUCAGAGGAUGAUAGGUUUAAUAAUAUACAUUCUGUGGAUGUAUUUAUUAUCUGUUUGUAAUAUUUUGUUUGUUUAUUUUUAUUAUGGUAUUACACUAUUGACCCAAA